CGUGAAGCAAUAAUGAGCCAGCGUGUUCCCCGCUGUCCUCGAUGCUGUCCCGACCAGGGCCUGAGUGGCUCACCCGUGCCAACCACCCCCACAUCCAGUCCCGCGGCGUCGACAACUUUCGGCAUAAUGAAGCCGGACAUUGUGUUCUUCGGUGAGGGUCUUCCUUACGAGUUCCACACAUCCCUCCAAGAGGAUGUUCACCAGGCCGAUCUCAUUCUCGUCAUGGGUUCCUCCCUCAAAGUUCGACCUGUCUCUCACAUACCCGAUUCCGUAGUCCCCGAAGUGCCUCAGAUACUCGUAAAUCGUGAGUCCCUUCCCAAACACAACUUCGAUACCGAACUCCUCGGCGAUUGUGAUGUCAUCCUUGAGGACCUCUGUGGUCGCCUCGGCUGGAACCUUGACGAAGACACGGACUCGGCAUCUGUAGGUUGCACUCGUAACAUUCACUGA